GAACCGGAACCGGAACCGGAACCGGAACCGGAAGCGGAGGCAGAUGAGUCAGUCUGCCUGAGCCGACUCUUCGACGAAGCCGAGUCGGUGUGGCGUCCGCGAGACUCGGAUCCGACGAGUCUCGGUCUUGCAAUCACCGUGACGCGUCCGAGCCGCAGUCAUUUGUACGCCUGGCUGUUGCAUGACGCCGACGUUUGGUACCAUCUGCUGACGGGCGUCCGAGAAGCGGCUCGUCUGGCCGACGCCAUGCGCGAUGCCUCCUUGUUGCAUUCGUUUGGUGUCCAACAGGCCAUGGUGAUGGACGCACUUGUCGGCCUGGAGCAACGCGAACACCAGACAGCCGGUCUGCUUCACAGUUUCCAGGCGGCACUGAAACCCAGGCAACAGGCCAUUUUGGCCCUGGCCCAGGCGCACAAUCCCCCCCACCGACCGUCCCCUCUGGUUGCUAGGCUGCACAUUCGGCCCUUGUUGUCCGACUGUCUGAUCGGCUCGUCGUCGGCCGGCUCAACUCGGACCAGUCCGUUGAUGCACUUCAACGAGCCGGAAAUUUUGACGCUGUCGCGGUUGCAUGAUGAGGUGUGGUGCUGUUGCAGCGGUCGAGUCGUGACCAGUCGGAUGGGCUCGUGGAAUCGAGUGGCCUUCAGUUGUCUGGUCGGCUUCAGGGUCUCGCGGAACGCCUGCGACACGAGGCCACUUCGACUGUUGACCUCUGACCCCGGCGGCUUGGAGCCGGCCUUCCUUCUGCUGCCCGGUCGAGUGGUCAACCAGUUGGCCGUGGCCGUGGCCGUCGGUCGAGACGAGGCAGAGGAUCGUGCGCCUCGAAAAGAGCUCUGGAUGGCGGUACAGAAUGGCUCCAUCCACGUGGUCGACCUGAUUGGUCUGCGCAUUGUCGAACAGUUGCACACACUCUCGCAGACGACAAGCCGGCCCGUGCGAAAGACCAUCCUGGCCCCGUCCACGUUGGUCGACAUGACGACGUUGAGUGGUGACGAAACCUCGGGAACGGACGAAUCGCAUUAUCUGUUGGUGCAAUUGAAUGAAUUUUCGCGCCGCCGAACCAUCAGCACCAAUCCGGCGCCGGAAAGGACGUGUCCGGCCAACUUUGUGGUUCGUAUGAUGCUGGCCGGUUGGAGGCGGCCGGACGACGUUGUGGUCGUCGGCGUUCGUUCCGGCGAGGUGUGGCUCUUGGACGCCAACACUCGGCAAGUGGGUGUCGAGUCGAUGUGUUGA